AUGAACACAUCCUUCUCAUUACCACCUACUCGUCGGACGAAUCAAGCCUGUGAUGCUUGCAAACUCAGAAAGGUCAAAUGUAACGGCCAAGAGAAAUGCCAGCAAUGCAGUCAUCUUAACCUCCGCUGCGUCUAUUCGGCGCCCAAACCCAGAACAAAAACACUCAAACGCGGCAAGCUCAUCGCACAGUACAAGGAGACCACAAAUGGACGCGCCGAAACCUCGGAUUCAAGUCCUGCUCAACCGUCACCUUCCUUGAUCAACCAUGAUGCUUCUUUCUUUACUAGUUUCUUGGACGAUUAUGACCUUUCUGUCUACCCAGUCAAUCCCAUCAUGACCGUCGAUGAUGUACUUGCUUCAAUAAGAGAGAUGGAUCAGAGCGCAGAAGCCAAAACUUUUGUAUAUGCUUAUACAGCCAUCACCAUCGCCUUGACCAACAAAAGCCCGGAUGACUCCACAGACUCCCAGUCGCAAGUGAGAUACUGGCUCGAAGAACUCAUCAAAGCCAGAGCAGCUAUUGCCUUCGACGAGAAAAUGUCCGUUCGGAGGGUUAUGAUCAGCCAGUUCGCUCACAUUUCUUUGAUGUGCCUCGCCAACAUGGACAUGUCAUUCUACUACGUUCGCGAAUCCAUCACCAUGAUUCAAAUGCUACGCAUCGGCCAUCCAGAAGUCAUGGAGAAGCUCAAUUCGAGCGAGCGUGCUCGCAGACAGAGAUUAUACUGGGAGGUCUUUAUUCACGAAAGAUAUCUGGCCAUCUCAAAUUACCGGCCGGUAGUGUUGCCACCUCUGCACGACCUUCCAGAAUUCGAUCCGUCAAUCCCUCCAGGUGUACACGAAGGCUUUUUGCAGAUCAUCCGUCUCUUCCGCCUCAUCGAUGAUGACUUCCUCGCCAACUGGUUCGGCACCACAACCGUGACGCGAGAAUGGAUUGACAGCAAACACAAAGAGAUUGAUGAGGAGCCGGUCGGAAACGAAGCUCAUGCCGGUGUGACACCUCUAACAGACAUGCAACAAGCAGAUUUGAUCGUAACAAAACAUUGGCUGCGAAUGUUGGUGUGGCAGAUGGCCAUGUCAAAAUGCUUGCUGAGCUCUGUUUCAUCAAAAGAAUCUCUAUCUCUGUCUUUCCCAGUCCGCUUGUCAACACAACUACGAGCACUCAUGACGAGAUUUUCCCGUCAAGCCAUCGCAAUCCAUGGCUCAGGCAUCCAACAAAAGUUAUUCGAGCUGACCGAUACUAUCGCCAAUGUCAUUAUUACUGUUCCGGCGACUACAGUUCAGGAAACCGCUGGUCGAGUCGACGAUUUCACCUUUUUGAUCGGCUUUUUGUUUUCGCUGCCAACCUUCGACCCGGUCCAGAGGGACAUUCUCCAAAACAAGCUGGAACAGCUACAGUCGCUCUUUCCGUACUCAGCUAGCGAGGCCGGUGCAUCUCCAGCAGCCAGCGAUGUUACAAGUGUCAGAACACCACAUCACGAUCUUCCCUCGCCCCCAUCGCGUGUCGUUUGGCACGAGAUGGCGAAGAAGCUUUCGAUGGCUCAGCCUCACGAAGCUCCUCGUUCGGAUCCCACACGUCUUAUCGAAGGUGUUUGA